GCGACUAAUUCUACUCGAUCACAAAGUGGAGUAGUAUUAUUUCUAUUGUUAUUAUUAAUAGUGAUCAUUUAGUAAUUUAUUUAUUUGGUGACUUGACGUUUGUUUUUUUUAUACGGAACACCAAAAUCUAAUACGCAGACUUCCUGUGAAACCCGGCGCAGCUGGAGGAAGGAGAGCCGGAGCGGUGAAAAGGACCUCCAGGAAAGAAAGUUGCGCGUAAUGAAAGCAGCAUGGAGCGCCUGGCGCAGUCACAUCCCCCCUGCGGAUCUCUAGUCACUCUGGACUAAACCAGUUCUUUCUAACUCGCUUCAAGUCACGCAGUUUGAAGAACAAAAAGAAUAAGAAGAAAAAAACAAGACGACUGGGCGAGUGGAUUAAUUCAUCCGGACUGAUAAGUUGGUGGAAGGUUUGCUGCUGCUGCUGUUGUUGUUCCGAAUCAAGUUGAAACAUGAGUUGGUGGAUGAAGGAGAAAGCUCACUGGCAGUGUGAAAGCCGGACACACACCACUGCUGCUGUGUACACAAUCAUCACUCUGCUCUGGCAAGCGCUUUGUGUGCACUCUGCAUCCUUCCAUUUUACGAAGGAGCCCAAAUCCCAGGAUGCACUGCACGGACGCAGUGCUAUGUUGCGGUGUGAAGUGAACGAUCCCAGCGGCGUGAUCUACAGCUGGCUACAGGACAGCCAGCCCGUCACUGACUCGGAGAGGCGCUUCCAAGAAGGAGGCAACUUAAAGUUCACGGCCAUCGACCGAACUCUGGACUCUGGGAACUUCCAGUGCCUGGCUACCAAAAACGCUACAGGAGAAGAGGAAAAAACAGGCGAAGCCAAUUUCAACAUUAAAUGGUUGGAAAGUGGUGAAGUGAUUCUUCAGAGUCCAGCUUCCGAGGCCGAGAUCAUGAGCUCCUCGUCUGUGAUGUUACGCUGUAACAUUGACGGACACCCACGGCCGACGAAUCGUUGGUACAAAGACGGAGUGCUUUUGGCAGAGAAGAGCCACAAGAUCAACAACAAGGAGCGAACGCUGACUCUCUCAAAUGUCAGUCCUGAUGAUAACGGCGUCUACAAUUGCUGUGCCAAAAACGCUGCUGGCCAAGUGUGCAGCAGCACCAACUUCAACCUUAACAUCAUAGACAAGAGUUACCCUCAACCAGUGGUAAGGCCUGAAGAUCUGGUGGUGCUAAAAAACGAGGAGGCAUAUUUUCACUGUCAGUUCACGGCUGAGCCGGAGCCCUCUGUCGAAUGGUUCCACGAUAAUGAGAAGAUCUCCAACAAGAGUCGUGUGUCUCUGCUCAGCAAUGGCUCACUCUUCAUCAGUCACGUGAAGCAGCGCAAUACUGGACAGUACAAGUGUGUGGCUCAGGGUCUCCGUGGCCCGCCUGUCUCACUGGAAGCCUUUCUGAGAAUAGCAGAAAUCGAUGAAAUGCAGGCUCGACAGUCUCGUGUCUUUACUGACAACUCUCUGGAGCGGGUCUCCUGCCGUCCUCCUCGCGGACAGCCUGAGCCUGAGGUCUGGUGGGAGCGGGCAGGUGAGCGCGUGCCUGCCGAGGGACGCGUUUUCCAGGAUGGUCUGGAUCUUGUGUUCAGCCCGACGCAAGCAGAGGACUCUGGCAUCUACACCUGUUUCGCCCAGAACAAAGCUGGACAGAAGAAACAGGAACUGACCGUCACUGUGGCCACAUCACCUGAAUGGGUGCAAAAACCAGAUGCAGACAGCCAGCUGGAAGAGGGGCAUGCUGGGUACUUACACUGUUACACUCGUGCUACACCUGAUCCUGAGGUCACAUGGUACCGCAGCAUGCAGCCAGUUGCUUCUGAGGAUGCACGGUUUAAGCAGUUCCCCAACGGAACCCUGCGUAUCAACAGUGUGGAAGUGUAUGAUGGCCACGUGUACAGCUGCGAGAGUAAAAACGAAGCCGGGAAACUGAGCGCCAACACCAGAGUCACUGUGCUGGAGCGGCUAAAGUUCACCCCGACUCCACAGACUCUACAGUGCCAGGAGCUGGAUAAGGCGGGAAGCCUUCAAUGUUCUGCCAAGGGCCGUCUGCCUCCCACUAUUCGCUGGAUGAAAGCUGACGGCAGCGAGAUCCCAGCUUGGGUGGAGCAAAACGGAGGCACUCUGCAUUUCUCCACAGUGACACGGGCAGAUGCAGGGAACUACACCUGUGUGGCCUCCAACAGCCUGCAAGGAGAGAUCCGUUCUGUGGUCCAGCUCACUGUGGCAGUGUAUGUGUCUUUCAAGCUGAAGCCAGAGAACACUACUGUAUAUCAGGGUCACACCGCAGUGCUGAACUGCCAAGCUACAGGAGAUCCUUCCCCCAUCAUCCAGUGGAAAAAGAAAGAUAAAUUCUUUGAAUCCAACAAAAGCAGGAUUCAGAUGAUGCCCAAUGGCUCUCUGGUUAUUCAUGACGUCAGUACAGAGGACACAGGCAGCUACACCUGCAUUGCUGGGAACAGCUGCAACAUCGCACACAUAUCUGCAGAGCUUUAUGUCGUGGAGAAACCAGUGCAGCACAUACUGGCAGAUGAUGACAAGACGGCAUACAAGAUGAUCCAGACCAUCGCUCUGUCGGUGGGUGCAGCUGUUGCAUACAUCAUUGUCGUACUCGGCCUCAUGUUCUACUGCAAGCAAAGACGCAAAGCCAAGAGACUGCAGAACGGCGAGGACAAAGAGGAGCCCGAGAUGGAGUGUCUUAACGGGGGCACCACGCAGCAGAACGGACAAACCACAGCUGAGAUUCAGGAGGAAGUGCCGCUGAACCCUUUGUCUUCUACUGGGAACAACAAACGCCACAGCACUCACGACAAGCUGCAGUUCCCUCGUGCCAGCCUGCACGCCAUCACAACUCUGGGUAAAGGAGAGUUCGGCGAAGUGCUCCUGGCCAAGGUAAAGACCGGUGCAGAUGAUGAAGAAAUGGCGGUUCUGGUGAAGAGUCUGCAGACCAGAGAUGAGCAGGUGCAAUCAGAUUUUCGGCGGGAAUGCGAGAUGUUCGCUAAACUCGGCCACCCGAAUAUCACACGCCUGCUGGGCAUGUGCAGAGAAGCGGAGCCGUAUUACAUGAUCCUGGAAUACGCUGAGAUGGGUGACCUGAAACAGUACCUAAAAAUCUCCAAAAGUAAAGAAGAGAAAGUGAAAGUGCUCAGCACCAAACAGAAGGUGUCGGUGUGUCUGCAGGUUGCUCGGGGAAUGGAGCACCUCUCCAAUCAGCGCUUUGUCCACAGGGACCUGGCUGCACGCAACUGCCUUAUUAGUGCUAAGAGGCACAUCAAAGUAUCUGCCCUGGGCCUCAGCAAAGACGUCUACAACAGCGAGUAUUACCAUUUCCGCCAGGUCUGGAUCCCCCUGCGCUGGCUUCCAUCAGAGUCCGUGUUUGAGGACGACUUCUCCACUAAGACGGAUGUUUGGUCUUUUGGUGUGCUCAUGUGGGAGGUUUUCAGCUUCGGAGAGCUGCCCUAUGCUGACCUCGCUGACGACAAGGUCCUGGAAGGUCUUCAGGAAGGAAAGCUGAAGCUCUCCCCUCCACAUGGCUGUCCGUCUCGCAUCUACAAGCUGAUGCUACGCUGCUGGGCCUCAAGUCCCAAGGACAGAGUGUCUUUCAGCGACAUCGUCACGGCCCUCAGCGACCUUCCCUCUGAAAGCAAAGUAUGAGCAAUGGUUCGGCUGCUACGACUAAAGAAUCCACAGUCUUUAGCCGUCAAGAGGCUGCAGUCUCCUCAUCCUGCAAGGAAAAACGGACUGCUUUUGAACAAAUGCUGGAUCUUAUGUGUUUUCUUAGUCUUUUUCUUGUACAUAUAGAUACGCCUCCAGUAAGUUUGUGAGGAAGUUACUUUAUAUGCUGGCAUGAACAAACAAACAAUAAGAAUGAAAGAAAAAGCUGUGUGUUUUGAGCUACAUUAGUGAAAAUAACUGCUUUCACCUUUGCUUGUCAAGCAGGAACAGAACCUGUAUAUUCACACUAAGUGCAUUUGUUAUAUAGACUGUUAAUACCAUGCACUGAUCAAUUUUACAUUUUUUUGUAUUAUAGAAGGAUUGUUCCAGGAACCUCGUAAUUUAUUUUAAAGGUCCUGUGUUUUUUUUUUUUUUUGUUUUUUUUUUUUUUUAAACAAACAUUUGUACUGUACAGAAAGGUACUGUUUUUGUAUUCCUCAUGUUAUUGGUUAGUUACUUGUUCUUUUAUGUAAUCCAGAGGAUUAAAAGGUUUUACAGUGUGGUUGAAAGGUUAUACAGUGUGGCCCAAAAAUCUGGAUCCAUAACUAGUAAUGUAUUUAAAGGUAUAAAUUGGAGCGAAGGUUCAAAUUGAUCGCCUCUGACUUCGUGGCACUUGUGUAUACGCUGAAUACAAGGAACUCUUUUUAAUGUUCGGGUAUGAUGUUACAGCAGUGACUGCCGAGUACAGAUGACUCCAACGUAAAAAGGCAAGUGGUGGUUAUGUCUGAUUUUAUUCAACCCUCAGGUUGUUGGUCGCUGAUCCAUCUUUAAUCUGGAACAAAAAGAAAUAUCAAAUUUGAUGUUAGGAAAAAUAUCUAGGGAUGCAGACGUUUUGGCCAUGCUGUAUACAUGACUAGACGUCACUGGUGAUAAAACAUCAGCUCAAGUGCCUGUAAGAUGAAGGAUAGCCUUAGUACACACUGAAAGCUGUGUCUUUUUUCUGGUUUCUUUGUUUUUAUAAAUUUUGAUUUUCUUUCAAGUUACUGUUACAGAUAUACACGUGUUGGUUUUGAUACAAAUGUGGAAAAAAAUUACAAAAAAAUUGUGAGCCACAGAAAAUAGCAUCAUUAUAUGCUAAUAUAAUAAAGGUUCACCUUUUACAAAGA